CUCGCCCUUUCCUUGUGCCCCUCAUUGCCACUUCCAGCAGUGCUACACUACACGGCUCGCGAGGAGAUCUGUGUGGACGACAAACGAUGAUCGGUCUUCAAGGGAAGCUCACAUUCAUACAGUACACAUGCCGUAAGAAGCCACCAAGUGGGGUUUGAAGGCCUAUGUAGCUAGCCGAUUCCACCCACAGGCUACAUGUACAACUGGAUUCUGUACACAGGAAAGGACGACUCACUCGGCGAUCCUCUGGGGAUGACUGCCGCAGUAGUACUGCGUCUAGUGGAGCCAAUCAGCGGUCUGGGUCACCACAUUUACAUGGACAACUUUUACAACGUCUCCAGCACUCUUCUGCGCCUCCGGUCACUUGGAUUCGGAGCAUGUAGAACUCUGCGACUGACUCGACGUGGAGUUUCCUGCGGAGGCGAAGAUGAGGUUGGGAGAAAGGAGAGAGGCGUCUUGUUCCUGUAGACGAAGGGA